AGUCCUCCUGGCCUCUCUGAGUAUCAUAUCUUCACUGGCAAUGACAAAACUAGUCUUUGAGCAGGUGUUUUAUACCUGUUAGGAGUCAUUUGUUGCUGCAGAGUGGUCCUUUGACCCCAAACCCUACUAACCGCAACCUCUGUUGCCCUCUAGCCAUGUUGCUACUCUUGGUAUGGUUCUCCUUGUUUGGAAGAUGAAUCUGGUUUCCGACAGGCUAACAGAACAGGCUGGUAUGUCCCAUGUCCUACUGGUGAUGGGAUGGGGUCUUCUGCUGGUGGGUUGUCUAUGCCAUGGCCUGGCAGGGUGUGGGCACAGCAUUCACACCAUUGUCAGUGUCAUAGAAUCAUAGAAUAUCCUGAGCUGGAAGGGAUCCACAAGGAUUGUCGAGGCAAACUUGUGGCCCUGCACAGGACACCCGAAUGGUCGGUGCCAUCAAUCUCUCUGCAUCCAGCACCUUGGCUCCCCAGCGGAAUCUGGCUCCGGUCUCUGUGGUCACAGCCCCAGGGGAGGUAAGGCACUGCCACAGUGGGGUUGGUCUCCUGUGCAGAUUCCUUUCCUGAGGAUACUGAAGCUGGUGCAAAGAGCUGUGCUCAGGAAUGCCGCUGCCCCACACGUGCUUACCUCACAGGCCAUGAGCAGCCAGAUCCUCACUUUGCCUUUUGGACCUGGAGGCCAUGAAUCUAAGAGGAAAGGGUGAAGGGAGGGUCAGGGAGCCUUGGACCUCUGUGGGGUUUUGGAGGGCUCUGUCUGUGGUCCCAUCCCCUCUGUGCUCAUCCCUCUUGGGGACACAUGUGGCCUGUUCUGCCAUGCACCCAGCUACAGAAAUAAGAGGUCACCAUGCCCCGUGUUUGCCUCUGCUGGGGUGUGUGCUGAGCUUAGCGCAGGGUGUUGAUGAGCCUUUUCCCAUACUGAGGUACUUGGUUAUCCAUGCUGAGUCAGUGGCAGUGGCUCAGGUUUCCUGCCCUCUUGCUGCAGUCCUGCAAUGUCGAUCACUGCAGUCCUGCAGGAUGGGACACUGGAGGUUUGCCUCCCUGCCUGGUUCUGUGCAGACCAAGGCAUGAACCUGAUCUCCCUCUUACAGUGGUCCUUGUUUUCCCCUUCUGCAGCCUGGCCAAAAUCGACAUGUGGUGGAAGAAGGAUGCAGAGGCAGUUGGGUAGCACAGAUGCUUGUUUUCUAGGAGGCAUGGUCUAGGUCCUCAGCCUGGCUUUUCUGCAGGUUUUGUGUGGCCACUGUUUGCUCCAUCAGCAGCCCUGUGCUCUGGCUGCCCAACCACUAGCCAAAAUCAGUAACCCCGUCCCUACCAGAGUGGGAUGCUGAGACUUGGGUGUGUGUAGGCAUGCUGGAAAGCUCAGCUUAGUCAUCUCAAUGCUCCCAAGAUUUUGUUUUGAUGUUUUGAUGCUCCAGCUGUCCGUGAAUCCCCUAGCAAAUGAGUUUGCUGGCAGGAUGCUUCAAGGGAAAGACAAAUUUUGAAAAACUGUAUUUGCAAUUAAGACAUGCCUUAUUUUUAAUUGGAAAUCUGAUUCUCUGGAUUACUGCCCACCCAACCAGAGAGAAUAAACAUAUGCUGGUAUAUCAACAAAACAAAGAGGGCACUGAAUAUUCAAGGCAAACCUUACACACUGAAAAUGUGUCAUAGAAAUUAUCCAGCAGAUCACUUUUGAUGACAAAUCUCAUACGCUCACUGUCCAUUCACAGCCAUCAAGAAAAGAAGAAAGGAGUGCCUUUCCCUAUUGCUCUAUAUGUUUGCUGACCCUAUUUUAGCAUCUUUCAUCUAAGUAAGACGUAUAAUGGAUAUACCAUAUAUUGCAAUUUUUGGUUUUAUGUUAUUGCUUAAUUUUACCCCGUCCACUCCUGUGUUUCCUGACUAGUCCAUUGCUGUUGCUUCUCCAGAACAGGGCUGAUGAGGAUCUGUUCUGUGGUUGGCAUCAAGAGGCACUGCCUCAUGCACAGCUAACGGGAAGCUGUCCCAAGGCCUUCUGGAGGUGAAGAAAUUCAAGCAAAUGCUUCAGCUCCUCAUUCCUGCCUACUGACUGCACCAGUGUGGUCAUGACUCAACCCAGCUUCCAGGACUGAGGGGCAAAGGUGGUGAGAGACCUAUCUCAGGGUGAGACCCCGCAACAGUGCCAAUGGAGAGCGUGUACUCGGUGGAGCCGGCACCUGAUGGUUCCAGCCCCACCUCGCUGGAUGUGCUCAUCUUCUUGGAUGCCCCAGUGAACAGCACAGAGGAGCAAUGCUUCAGCGCCCGCUCCCGCAGCACCGUGCUGGAAGGGCUGCCCUUCGGGGGAGUGCCCACCGUGCUCGCCAUCAACUUCAUCCUCUGGCUGCUUCUCCUUCUGGUCUUCUCCUGUCUUCGGAAAGCGGCUUGGGACUACGGGCGCCUGGCACUGCUGAUGGACAACGAUAGUCUGACCUCGCUUUUCUAUGGAGAGCAGAGCGAGAAGGAGAAGUCCCCGUCAGAAAGCAGUCCCUUGGAUGCCGACAACAAGGAUGUGGGAUUCUGCUCCUGGCUCAUUUCUAUCUACCAAAUGAAGGACGAGGAGAUUCAGAGCAAGUGUGGGAUCGAUGCCACCACCUACCUCUCCUUCCAGCGGCACCUCCUGGUCCUGCUGAUGCUGGUCUGUGUGCUCUCCGUGGCUGUCAUCCUGCCCGUCAACUUCUCAGGGGAUCUCCUGGGACACAAUCCCACCCAUUUCGGCCGGACAACCAUCGCCAACAUCCCAACACAAGACCGUCUCCUGUGGCUGCACAGCAUUUUUGCCCUCAUCUAUUUCAUCCUCACCAUUCUUUGCAUGGCUCACCACUCUGUCCACCUGGAAUACAGAGAGAACGAGAAGGUCGCCCGGACACUGAUGGUUACCCACAUCCCUAAGGAGAUCACAGACCCUUCCCUUAUCAUCAAACAUUUCCACGAGGCUUAUCCCAGCUGCACCAUCACCAAUGUCCAGUUCUGCUUUGAUGUGCGCAAGCUGAUGAAGCUGGAUGCAGAGAGGCGCAAGGCAAUGAAGGGGCGGCUUUACUUCACCACCAAGGCACAGAAAGAGGGGAAGAUCAUGAUCAAAACCCACCCCUGCGCCCGCAUCUUCUGCUGCGGCUUCUGUGGCUUCGAGCAGGUGGAUGCUGAGCAGUACUAUGGGGAGCUGGAGGAGAAGCUCACAGAUGAGUUCAAUGCUGAGCGCAACCGCAUCACGCUCAAGCGGCUGGACAUGGCCUUCGUCACCUUCCAGGAUGAGCGGAUGACAGCUGUGAUUUUGAAGGACUACAGCCACAUCCGCUGCUGCAAGCACCCCCAGCAGUCCUCUGUCACCACCGUGGUCAAGUCACACCACUGGGGCGUUCGCUAUGCACCUGCACCCAGCGAUAUCAUCUGGGAGAAUUUGUCAGUCCGUGGCACAUCCUGGUGGGUGCGAUUCAUCCUCCUUAAUAUCUGCCUGUUCGUCCUUCUCUUCUUCCUCACCACGCCAGCCAUCAUUGUCAACACUAUGGACAUGUUCAAUGUCACGCACCCUGUGGAGAGCCUCAAGAACCCCAUCAUCACCCAGUUCUUCCCCACGCUGCUGCUCUGGGCUUUCUCUGUCUUCCUGCCCUUCCUUGUCUACUACUCGGCAUUCUUCGAGUCUCACUGGACGAGGUCAAGUGAAAAUCAGAUCACCAUGCAUAAGUGCUUCUUCUUCCUGGUAUUCAUGGUUAUUAUCCUGCCCUCGCUGGGUCUGAGCAGCUUGGACCUGUUUUUCCGCUGGCUCUUUGACACCCACUUUCUGGCCGAAGCCGAAAUCAAGUUCCAGUGUGUUUUCCUCCCAGACAAUGGCGCUUUCUUUGUAAACUACGUGGUCACCUCCAGCCUAAUUGGGACAGCCAUGGAGCUGCUGCGCAUCCCGGGCCUCCUCGUCUACACUGCCCGCCUCUGCUUUGCCAAGUCAGAGCCUGAACGGCUCCAUGUCAAGCGGAGCCAAGCCUACCAGUUCCAGUUUGGACUAGAAUACGCCUGGACCUGCUGUAUCUUCUCUGUUGUCAUGACCUACAGCAUCACCUGCCCCAUCAUCGUCCCCUUCGGGUUGCUCUACAUGCUGCUCAAGCACAUGGUUGACCGGUACAACAUUUACUACGUGUACAUCCCCACCAAGCUGAACCAGCGCCUCCACGUGGCUGCCAUCAGCCAGGUCGUGGUGGCUCCCAUCCUCUGCAUGUUCUGGCUGCUCUUCUUCUCAGUCCUGCGCCUCGGUCCCACUCGGCCUGUCACCCUCUUUACCUUUGUGGUCCUCCUCUCCUGCAUCAUCUUCUCCUUCUUUGGUCUCUGCCUGAAGAAGCUGCAGCCACGAAAACCCUCCAGCUACCAGAUGUCCGACCAAUCUGAGGGCAGCUUCAAUGAUGUGGAGCGGAGCAGUGUUUCCUCCACCCCUAACUCCAACCUCUUUGUGGCCACUGUCCUGCAGGAGCCUGAGCUGAGCCUGACGCCAGCGGCCUCUCCAGCACACCAGUCCUAUGGCACCAUGGGCAACCACCUGGAGCCAGCAGAGGAUGGGGAGGAUGGGGGGCUGCAGAGCUUCGAGACAGAGCUGGAGACAGUGGAGGGCGAGUACAGGAGCGGCCCUGUGAUGGAGAGCCAGGCUCGCUACCAGUGAACAUCUGUGCUGCUGGCCAAGGACCAACCGUGCUGAGAGUGGAGGAUGUGCCAUGGGGCAGGAAGGAGCCUUCCCGGCACUGGUGGGGGCCACCUCUCUGAUGGAACAGGGCGUGACAGGACUGAUGUAAGGGGGAGACCUAUUGCAUGGGAGGUGGCAGGAGGCUCUGCUGGUCCUUCCCGCUGCCUGGACUGGCUGAGCCCCCUAGUGUCCCGCUGUCCCCAUCUGCCUCUUCCAGCCCACAGUGGGGAAGAGGGGGUGCAGCAGUAUAGGGAGAGGGUCUCUCUGAGAGGCCAUGCUUUUGAGGGCAGGAGGGAGGCCCUUGCCCCUCUGUGAGGAGGAAGCAGCCCAGACAGCACAGAUGAAUGUGCCUGCCACCACACUGUCCUGUGGGUCCUCAGUGGCAGGGGUUGGCCACCCCUAAUCCUUGCAUCCCACCCCACCCACCCACUGCUCAGGCAGCCAUCCCACUACCUCCCGUGCUGCUGGCCAUCCAGGCUGCUGCCUGCCCCUGCUUUGCCCAUUAAAGCAGGGACUUCUGACAUACGUGUGCAUUGGUGGAGAGGUGAGUGCCCGGGGCAGCUCCUACAUCUGCCUGAGCACCAGUGGCCCUGCCCCAAGGCAGGCAUCAAAUGCAAGCCCAGCUCUUCCUCAACUUCCCACCCUAUCCUUCCAUCUUCCUGCACUAUGCCUGUGCCCUUGGGCUCUUGGGGAGAAGUGGGAGGUCAAGGGACAAGUCUGUUUAAUGGCUACAAGAGCAGCUCCUUGUCGCUCCUGUCCCCUGGCAGUAUUCCCCUUGUGCUCACGCUCUCCCUAGGGCUGCCCAUGACACCCAGCAUGGCUCUGUCCUGUUGCAACAGAAAGGCAGGGUGAAGGCUGGCAGGAUCCAGACUUCCAGGUCCUCCUGGUCCACCACAUCCUGCCUACCCUCACUCACAAGCCACAGCUGUGGGAUGCUCCCCCAGCAGCCACACUGCCUCUCUAGUGUGAGUCCUGCUGUGGUUAGUGUAAGUGCACCAAUUCCUGCCCAGAUAGCAUCCCUGGAGUUUUCCAGCUCAUCCAGAGUAGCUGUGGUGGCCCCUGGGGACAAAGGCUUAUCCUCAGCCUGCUGAGCCCCUCUCCCACCAUAGCUCACCUGGGCAUGCUGGCUCCUCGCUCAGCCCUGCUUAGGCCUCAGAGCUGAUUUUCCUGUCCUUGAUUUUUCUGCUAGCUUCGAGCAACUCAAGUUGCCACUAUCCUGGAGCAGGGAAGGGAGGAUAGUGCAGCUCUGCUGGCACCAGGGCUGCCAGAAUGGUGAGUGCUGCUGUGUGAAAGCAGAUGCUCAGCCAUGGCACUGCUCAGCAUUAGUGGUGCCACUGGGAGGAGGGGCAUGGUGUGCCAGUUCUGGGUGGGGUGCAGGAAGGUUAAAAAGCAGCUGAGCAGUGAGUUGUGGGUCUCAGUUGGACUCAAGUGGGUCCUGGGCUAUUCCUGGGAGGCUGGUGGGUCUCAGCCCAGCCAGCUGGCCCCAAUGGCCCCAAUCUCACCCACGCUCCUGCAUGCUAGGGCAGUGGCUGCAGCACACUAUCUACCCAGGCAGUUGCCUCGGGUGAGUCUUGAGCUCAGCUGCUCCCUCCCAACCCCAAAAAGUAUCCCAUGGGUUUGGUGGCUUCCUGCCGCGCGCCCCCAUGGCUGCCCACAGCUCAGCCACUGCCCGCUCCAGGGGCAGCCCCAAACAGGGCAGGGGGAUGCUGGUGGCCUCUCUGAGGGUGGAAGUAAGUGCCUAGGAGUGGCGCUGUGUCCUCAGGAGCUCAGGCUGCUGGUCUGAUUGCCCUUGGCUGCCCCACUGUAGGAAUGUGCCAGAGGUCUGUACCUUCUUGUGAUUUAUUGCUAUGACCGUGCCUUGAAUAAAAUGACUUCACCCA